AUGGCCAAAGACCGGUCGGCUGCCCAGCAGGGCAUUUCAUCACUACUCUCAAAGAUCAAUGACCCUGAUCCGGACAUUCGUUACAUGCAACUUAGUGAUCUCGCCAACAUUCUCCUCUCCCCGGCCUCCGACGUUGGACCACUUGCUGCGCGCACGCCGGGUGAUAUAAUCGCGCCCUUGAUUGACAAACUUACCGACCUUACCAAGAGCGACAUCGAUAUUUCCAUACCUACCACAGCCCUGCGGACCCUUAUUGCCUCACUGCCUCAACCACAACCUUCCGGAGGGACUAGCCCAGAAGUGAAAGACGCAUAUGCCGCGGUCAGCAAAGUCUUGAUCCCGAGAUUGGUGGGACAUGUUGUUCUGCCGUCAAACAAGCCUACACCCCAACUCCCAACGGGCUUGCUGGAGAGGCAGAAGGACAAGGGCUACAGCAGCGACGCCGUGGAUGUCAUGAUUGAGAUUGUCAAGUGCUAUGGAUCUCUGCUCCAAGAGCAGGAGUUGGUGGCUUUAGCAAAAGCUGUCAUGAGCAUCAUUGAGAGCCCUCAGGCAGGAGGAGUGGUCAAGAAGCGAGCCCUUGCUGGGAUUGGCGCACUGAUACCCCAUUUCAACGAUGCACAGAUCAGCUCCUUCGUGGCGGCUCUUACUCGGAGCUUCCAGACUCCUCAACUGAGCACCGAACACCGGAGAUUCCUGAUUGCCACGAUUGGAACACUUGCACGUUCAAGUCCAGGCAAGUUUGGACCGUACGUUAAUGACGCCGUUCCAUACGUCCUCCAAGUUCUCAGCCAGGAUGAGCUGUCUGCUACCACAUCCAUGUCAGAAGAAGAUGUCGAAGUUGAUCCGGAGGUAGAAGAGCUUCGUGAGACAGCGCUCGUAUCGCUUGAGGCCCUUGUAGGGUCGUGCCACGUGGAGAUGAGGUCCCAUUUACUGGAAGCCAUUGAUGCCGCACUGAGAUAUGUCAGGUACGAUCCCAAUGUUGCAGAUUUGGAAGAUCUGGAGAUGGGUGGCACUCAGGACAACACCUCAGAGGAUGGUAUUACAGAAGAAGUUCCGGACGACGACGACGACGAUGAAUACGCGGAAUUGGACGACGAAGAUGCCUUUAGUGACGUCGACGACCUCAGCUGGAAAGUCAGACGCUGUGCGGCCAAGGUUCUGUACACCAUCAUCAUGGGAGUCUCGGCAGCCGAUCGAGACAUUCUCUUCGACAAGAUUGCGCCAGUUCUGAUCUCCCGUCUGUUCAAUGAGCGAGAGGACAGUGUAAGACUGGAGAUCAUUGCCGCCAUCACGGCACUUAUUCGAAAAGCCGGCACCGGCCUCACUCAGUCGCUUACACGAGUCGACUCGGCAGGAGACGAUCCCGCUGCGCCAACUAAUACCAGAAAGCGUCGACGUCAGGACAGCGAAGCUGAUCGGCAAGAUCCAGAUCUCAGAGGUUUGGUUACAAGCCGUUCUAGUCCGCCAAUCGUCCCUGCCUCUCCACCAAGAGGCCCUCAAGCGGACCUUGUUGGGCUCGUGCCCAAGAUUGUGCAGGCUCUUUGCAAGCUGUGGAAGAAGGCCAGCAUGUCAUUGAAACACGCCUCUGUAGUCAUGCUCAAGACCCUUACGUUGGCGCGAAAUGGCAUAUUGUCGGAUCAUCUACAGCAAUUAGAAGACCCUGUCGCCGACGCACUCAAACCUUCAACAGCUCCUUCGUCCGGCGGUGCGGGAUCAGGAACAUCGGCAACGGCCGCCAACCUCCAGAUUGAAACACUCACGCUGAUCAGUGCCAUUGCGGAAACUAAUGGUACCACGGUGCUGAUUCCAUUUGUCAUCGCUCUCAUACCACCCGUGAUUGACAUUGCUCGCGAUCGGAACUACAAGGUCGCCAGUGAAGCACUCGGCACCAUCGAACAAUUUGUCAAAGCUCUAACUCCUCCCCGGCUACCUAUUGCGAACCAAGACCAUGCCAUCCAUAUCGAAAAACUUUGGGACGUGGUUGUGGAGCGAGUGACUGACAACAAUGCCGACCUCGAAGUCCGACACCGUGCUAUCCAAGUGUUCGGUGUUCUGAUUGCUCGUACCUCUGAUACCCAACUUCUGUCUAGUGCUGCCAGGAUGAAGAGUCUUGGUAUACUCCACGACAGAUUGAAGAAUGAAACCACCCGACUGGCCAGUGCGAGGGCUAUUGGUCUUAUUGGUGAGGCCGCGGGUGUCCAUGAUAAUAUCGGCUCGGCUUGGAUUCAAGAUGUCUCGCUCGAAAUGGCUAACCAGCUCCGCAAAGCUGAUCGGUCUCUUCGGGGAGCAUGCCUGGAGUCGCUACAAUUUCUCUCUCUCAAUCCUGUGACGUCGUCCCAGUACGAGACGACAACUAUCCUGCAGCUGCAGGCCUUGUUGAUGCCGCUGCUAUCUGUGAACGACCUGCAUUUGUUGACACCAGCGUUGGUCGUUUUAUCCAAGAUCAUCCCGACUAACGCCGAGGCUCUCGUCAACACCGAGGUCGUCUCCGCCUUAUGUCAAAUCACACAAGCCCGCCUUGAAGGGCCACCUCUGCGUGCUUACCUGCUCGUGGUGAAAGUUAUUGGUGAACACGGAGUGGGAGCUCCAUUGAUGAGAGGACUUUUGGCAGUGGGCACGGCGGGUGAGACCGUGGUUCUCGGAAGAGCUAUAGGUACCUUACUCGUUUACGGUGGGGACAACCUGGGUGUCACGAUAACAGACUUCCUGAAAGAGUUGCAGACGUCUCAGGACGUCCGAGCUGUCUGCCUAGCACUCACCGUCCUUGGUGAAGUUGGGUUCAGAUUGGGUUCAAAAUCUCCCGUGAAGAUCGAAACAUUCAUCCAAUGCUUGUCCGCAGAGUCCGACAAAGUUCGACUUGCCGCUGCUGUUGCACUUGGGAGUGCCAGCUCCAACAAUGUGCCCGAAUGCUUGCCAGUCAUUCUGCACAGCCUGGGGCAGUCGUCGACUCAGGAUUAUCUAUACUUGCACUCCCUCAAAGAGAUUCUCGAACACACCGACAGCACCUUUGCAGACAUGGGCCCCUUUGCACCUGAACUCUGGCAGAAAUUGUUUGCUGUGUCACAGGCAGAAGAUAACAGUGCUGUUGGUGCCGAGUGUAUUGGCCGACUUGCAACAAUUGACCCGAACAACUACGUCCCAGAGCUCGCCAAAUCCUUGGAAGAUCCGAAUGCUGCUAUCCGCGGCACAGUCAUUUCUGCGUUCCGAUUCACGCUGGGGGAUGCCAGUAAUUCUUACAACGCUCUCCUUGUCAAGAUGAUGACGCCCAUGCUGCAGACGAUGCUGGGUGAUACAGACAUAGGCAACCGGCGCCUGGCGAUCACGACUUUGAACGCUGCUAUCCACAACAAACCAGAGCUCGUGAUCCCAGACAUUGCGCAACUCUUACCGCCAGUCAUCGAGGACUCGCGCAUUAAGCCCGAACUGGUGAAAGUGAUCAAGAUCGGCCCCUUUACGCAUAACGAAGAUGCAGGUCUCGACGUCCGCAAGUCAGCUUACGCGACAAUGUAUGCACUGCUCGACUGCCCGGGCGCCAUCCCGCAUCUUCCGAUCCCCAAGCUCUUCGAUCGUAUUCUGGACGGCAUCACAGAUGAUCAGGACAUCCGCACUCUGUGCUUGCUCAUGCUUGGACGCCUGGCCGCGAUCGACCCAGACGAGACCCGCCGUCGCCUGUCCAGUCUUGCCGACAAAUUCCGCGUUGUGCUCGCAGCCAAGAUCAAGGAGAACGCGGUCAAGCAGGAGAUCGAGAAGGUGAACGAAGCCAACGCGGCGGUGAUUCGCAAGACCAUGGAGCUGGAGCGCAAGUUUCCCUCUGCUGGCACCGAUAACAGCGGCGAGCUGGUGCCGUGGAAGGGCUACGUUGAAUACGUCAAGAAGGAAUUUGGGCCCAUGGUGCGGACCGCAAUUUCGGAGAGCAGCUAG